GAAUUCGCAGCUUUAAAACAAACAAUUAUUUUAAUACAAUUAACACCUGACAUUUAUCAAUCCGGGUGACAGAUACUCAACUCUUACUCAUAGGAUUCACAUAAAUAUAUCUAAAGAGAUUACAAAUUAUAAAAUGUUUUCAACAAAUCCAAAUUAUACCAAACUUAAAACUCAUCUAAGAUUGGCUAUAAAUCGCCUGAAGUUGUUAGAGAAGAAGAAAACAGAACUAGCACAAAAGGCUCGUAAGGAAAUUGCGGAAUAUAUAGCUGCUGGUAAAAGUGAACGUGCCAAGAUUCGUGUUGAACAUAUAAUCAGAGAAGAUUACAUGGUAGAAGCUAUGGAAAUAGUCGAAAUGUAUUGUGACCUGAUUCUGGCCAGAUUUGGUCUGGUUACUCAGAUGAAAGAACUUGAUGAUGGUUUGAGUGAAGCUAUAUCCACCCUCAUAUGGGUUGCACCAAGGAUGCACACUGAUGUCCAGGAACUAAAGGUUAUAUCAGAUUUGUUGACAGCAAAAUAUGGUAAAAUUUAUGCAGAUGCGUGUAGGGGUGAAAAUGUGAAUACCAUUAGUGAUAAGUUGAAGCACAAGAUGUCUGUGCAAAGUCCACCAAAAAUAUUGGUAGAAAAGUAUUUAAUUGAAAUAGCAAAGAACUACAAUGUUGAGUAUACACCAGAUGAACAAGUCAUGAGAGAGGAAGAAGGUCGUGAUGCAAUGCUCAUAGAUAUCAAUAGUCCACCAAACCCACCGGGAUUCAUUGGAUAUCCGCAACAACCACCAAUGCCGCAAAUGCCAUCCCUACCACCGCCCACUGUGACACCAUUUAAUUAUCCAUCAGUACCGUCAGGGGGUAAGGUAGGAGGGUUCAUAGCAACUCCGAGUUAUGGUGAACCGAGCAAAACAAAUUACAACAUUCCCCCAGGAGUAGAUUCAAGAAGCUUAAAUAAUAGUUUCUUACAGGAGGAAAUGCACAAUCUGCCUCCCGCUUACGACAGCAUUGCGCACGAUAUGCCGGCACACGUUCCAACACCGCAGCCACGUCGCGUACAACCAACCAAUUAUUUCCCCGAGCUUCCCGAGUUGCCGUCUGUACCAUCAGAUCUGAUUCUACCGUCUGUGCCCCACAGCAACAACUCGAAUACAACCAAUCAAAACAACGAUAGCUCUGCGCCGGACGAAAUAGAUUUCGAAGAUCUGAACCGUAGGUUUGAAGAAUUGAAAAAGAAAAAAUAGUAUCUAUCAAUCAUGACCUAAAACUUUACCAGACACAACUUGAUAAAAAUUUUCACAAAUUUUAAUUACAAAACAUUAAAAAAAAAAUUAUUAAUGUUUUAGAACAAUCACUAUGCAAUUUUAUAUUAUUUUAAGAUACAUAUAUAUAAUCACAUUUGACACUCAUUGUUACAAUCUCAUUAUAUUCGGGGGUACUGUCAUUAAUUUACUUGAACCAAUGUGUAUCCUGGAGGUAUUUGUUUGUUUGAUAUUAAUUAAUAUGGAAUGAGAAGACUAUAUAAUAAUAUAUAAUCAUGUACCAUAUAGAGUAAGUUUUGAGUUACAAAUGAAAAAUAUUUUACAAUUAAAUAAUGUAUUUGCUAUUGAAGCCAGAUCACAUUUCAUGCUGAGUGAAAUAUGCUUUAAGAUAUAUUAUUUAUAAAAAUGAAAAUUAUUUUCUUUAAAUAAAUAAUUAAAACAUA